AUGGGGGAAUCUUCCAAGGGCCUUUGCACUAUUCUUGGGUCUGAUCCAAAUAGAGGUGGUGAACGUUUGACUGAUAUCCAUUUCCUACAAUUUGCUAUUUUGUAUUCAGCUGGCGAGUUUCAAAGCAAUGUAACUCGGUUUACCCUCCCGAUUCGCUGCAUUGCUUUCAACAAAUCAGGCAGCCUCUUAGCAGCUGCAGGAGAUGAUGAAGGCAUCAAAUUGAUAGCCACUAUAGACAGUUCAAUAUCAAGGGUUCUCAAGGGUCACAAAGGCUCCAUAACCAGCGUGUCUUUUGACCCAAAGGAUGAAUAUUUAGCUUCUAUAGAUGAAUUUGGAACUGUAAUUUAUUGGGACCUCUCUACAGGCAAAUCUAUACAUAACCUCCCAAAAAUAUCCCCGACUUCAAUUCCAGACAUGGGUUCUUUGAAUGUUAUUAGCUGGAGCCCUGAUGGUGAAAUGCUUGCUGUUCCUGGUGUGAAAAAUGAUGUGGUAAUGUAUGAUCGGGACACAUCUGAGAAGCUCUUUUCGCUUAAAGGUGGCCACCUUAAACCUGUGUGUUUCAUUUCGUGGUCCCCAAACGGGAAAUACAUGGCAACCUCUGGUUUAGAUUCUCAGGUCUUGUUAUGGGAAGUGGAAAACAAACAGGACAUUGAUAGACAAAAAUUUGAAUACCAAGUUUGUGGGUUGAGUUGGAAGCCAGAAGGAAAUGCUUUGGCAGUUAUCGAUGUCAUGGGUCGAUAUGGGAUCUGGGACUCUGUUAUUCCUUCGCACAUGAAGUCCCCUUCUGAUGGUGCUCCAAAAUUUAGAGUGAGAAUUUCAGAUGGGUUUUUGUUGAAUGAUGAGGAGAGGCUAGAACAAGCCAAUUCUGGUUGUUCUGACCAAAUUGGAGAAGAUAGCAAUGGUGAAUUGGUUCCCAAUGGUUUGAGUCGUUUGCGUAGAGAGGGUUUGGUUGGGAGUGAUUCAGAUGAAGAAAGUGAUGGUGAGGUGGGUUUAAUUUCUCUGCGCAAGACUAGGAAGAAGACCCUUAUUAAGCAUCGGGAAAGUUCAGUGGAUGGUGGGGAAUUUGUGAGUGUAAAUAAACCAGAGCGAUCAAAAUCCUCGAUGCAAGAGGCUUUUCAGUCUGGCUCCACUCCAAUACAGGCUGGGACACGUUGUUUUCUCUGCUAUAAUAUGCUUGGAAGCAUCACCAGUCUUAAGAAUGAUGGGUUCUCUCAUAUCGAGGUUGAUUUCCAUGAUACAGGGAGGAGUUCUAGGAUACCUUCAUUGACUGACUAUUUUGGUUUUACCAUGGCUUCACUUAAUGAGAAUGGGAGUGUUUUUGCUAAUGGUCGCAAGAUUGGGAAAAAUAUAAGCACGCUCAUGUAUCGGCCAUUCGCUAGCUGGGCAAAUAACAGCGAGUGGUCUAUGCGGUUUGAGGGUGAUGAAGAAGUGAAGGCUGUUGCACUUGGUUCAGGUUGGGUCGCAGCUGUGACCAACCUUAAUUAUCUUCGCAUAUUCAGUGAGGGCGGCUUGCAGAAAUGCAUUCUCUCUCUGGAUGGUCCUGUAGCGACGGCUGCAGGCCUCAAGGAUGAGCUUGCGAUUGUCACACAUGCCUCCCAAAGCCUUCCUUCUGGAGAUCAGAUGUUAGAAGUUCAAGUAUUCAAUGUAGCUAAUAGCACGAAGGUUUUUGAAGGUCGGCUUCCACUAACUCCUGGUUCACAUCUCACCUGGCUUGGGUUUAGUGAAGAAGGCUUCCUAAGUUCAUACGAUUCCAAGGGGGUUCUUAAAGUCUUUACAAAACAUCAUGGAGGCAGUUGGAUUCCACUCUUCAGUGCUGCUAAAGAGCGGAAGUCUGAGAAGGAUUACUAUUGGGUUGUUGGAUUAAACGCAACGAAGGUGUUCUGUGUUGUCUGUAAAUCACCUGAAACAUAUCCACAGGUGACACCCAAGCCUGUCCUUACACUCUUCAAUGUGUCGUUUCCUUUGGCAUCAUCUGAUCUUGGUGCCGAAGAUCUUGAAAAUGAGUUUAUGAUGCGUGGCUUCAAUCUUUUACAGGCUCAGAGAAUUCUUGAAGAAACAGCAGCUACAGGUCAAGACACCACGUCACUUGAUGAUGAAGUUUUCAAUAUGGAAGCUGCUCUUGACCGUUGUAUAUUAAGGCUUAUAGCCAGCUGUUGCAAAGGUGAUAAGCUAGUGAGAGCUGCAGAACUGGCUGGGCUGCUAUCACUGGAGAAAUCUUUGAAGGGUGCAAUAAAGCUUGCUACUGCCAUGAAGCUUCCAAUACUAGCUGAGCGAUUUCAUGGCAUGGCGGAGGAAAAAAUGCUUAGUGAGGCCCUGGCAGAAGACCAUGUGACUGUGCAUGGUGGCAUUGAACCUAGUAGAAAAUGUGUACCAAAUAUUGCAAGGACUCUACCUCCACAGCCUGUAAUAUCAUUACCUUCCCCGGUAUUUUCACUGAAGGAGAAACCAGAAAAGAAGACUGCAACCGAAUUUAAAACAAUGGAAGCUAGUGGGAGGUCAGAUGAAAAUGGUUCCAAAAUGAAAUUCAGUAGCAUGGUCAGUCGUAGGAAUUUAAGUGUAAAGGAUCCCAAUAUCAAAUUCAAGAGCAUGGAAAGUAGUGAGAAUGCAAAGGUCAAAGAUUUAAAUCUUGGUGAUGAUCAAGCAAAGGUUCCCAAGCCCUCUAAUCCAUUUGCCAAAGCACCCAGUGAGCAAGACAAGUCUUCGUUGUUUGAUUCUAUCAAGCAGAUGAAGGUUGAGGAUAUGGGUAAAGAAGGCCAAAAAAGGAAAGAGAGGACUGUGUCUCUUGAUCAAUUUUCUGUUGCCAAAAAAGCAAGAUAGAAAAAUGAAGGCAAAUCCCAUUUUAUUGGUAUUUGAUUAUUGUUAGAAUCAAAGAGGCCUCAUUGAGCUGAAAAUAGGUGAUGCUGUUGACGCUUGAUGGGGGUAUGAUAUGCGAUCAUGGUUAAUUAUCCAAAUUGCCUCAAAAGAAAGGACCUCAUUUUGUUUUCUCUGAUUGUGGAUGGUACCAGCAAUGUAGUUCCUGCAUCAAAAUCUCUCAUUUAUGAGGUGGAUUAUGGUAUUUGGUUGGAAAUAUUUCCAUGAAGUUGAGCAGUGCUGUUAUCCAUAGUUUCAUCACUGGAAAUUCGAUUCCCGGUUGUUAUAGAAUUCUGUGUAAAUAUGUUACCAUUUGUUUUUCGUAA